CUCUACCAGAAAGAUACACAAACCCUAGAAAUCACCUCUCUCUCUCUCUCUCUCUCUCUGUUGCUACACCCUCUUCGCUUUUCAUGGAUUGAGACAACAAAAGCAGAAUAAACCAGAGUCUUCGCUCGUAAGUACGAGUCGCACCGUUCUUGGCUGUGAAUUUUAGAACAAGAUGAUGCCUCGCACGUGCUCACAGUGUGGCACCACCGGCCACAACUCCCGAACAUGCGCCGACGGCAACAGCGGCACUGGCGAGAACAGUAUCUUACUGUUCGGAGUGCGAGUCACGCAAGGGAACUCGUUCAGGAAGAGCGCUAGCAUGACCGAUCUAUCACAGUACGAACAGCCGGCGCCUCAGGAUCCCAACGCCGAUGCCGAUUACGUCUCCGAUGAUGUCGUUCACGCUUCUGGUCGCAGCCGCGAGCGAAAGAGAGGUGUUCCAUGGACGGAGGAGGAGCAUAGGCUAUUCCUCUUGGGGCUCCGGCAGGUCGGUAAAGGUGAUUGGAGAGGGAUUUCUAGAAACUUCGUGAGAACUCGGACACCAACUCAGGUAGCCAGUCAUGCUCAGAAGUACUUCCUCCGCCGCCAUCACCAGAACAGGAGACGCCGGAGAUCUAGUCUGUUUGAUAUCACCACCGAUACGGUUAUGGAAUCUUCAACGGCAGUGGAAGGAGGUAGAAUCCACCAAGAAGCGGUCCCGCCCAAAUAUCCCCAUUCCGCUAGCUUCAACGGUUCUGCUUUUCAGAUGACGCUGUCCCCGCCGAUGUCUCCGACGGGAGCUAAAUUAAUAAGGCCAACGCCGAUCCUGCCAAUUGCUCCAUCGUCGAACAUGGCGAAUUUAAACUUGAAAGAGAAAGGUUACGUGGCCGUCUCUCUGCCGGCGAGCAAGGAGAAGUCGUCGACGACAAGUAGCAGGACGUCGGCGUUGGCUUUGGAGGUGAUUUCAGGGAAGCUAAGCGGUGGCGGUGAUCGCAGUAGCAUGAUUAGUGUUGCUUGAAGAUUAGGAAAAAGAAAAGAUGAUAGCGGAGGGAAAUUGUAUGAACUUCGAAGACUUGGAAAUGGCUCAGGGCUGUGCCGGAGAGUUCUGGAAGAUUAUAAUAUUGGGGCAGAUUGUACAGAGCAACAGGGGUAGAGAGAGAAGAUGUGGGUUUGAAAUUUUAAUAUAUUCUCUCAGUUCUGUAUAUAGUAAGACGUUUUUAAUCCAACUAAUAAAAAAUUAUUAUUUAAUUAAAAGUAUAAUAAUAUUUUAAUUUUA